AUGGAGCUCCCCCUGGCCCAGAUAAGCCCCCAAGGAAGUCACAACACCCCCCCUCCGACCUUCACCACCUUCCAGCCCUUGGACUUCACUCGAAAAAGCUGCCAGGGCUUGCUUAAGGAGACCAGACUCCAGGCCCUGCAGGCUGGAGAGGCCCCGUUCAGCCCCAGAGCCCCAGAUGUCCACGCUGCGGCCUCUGCCCAGGCCCUGGGGGCUGCCUCCAGUCAAGAGGACACUGGGAAGGCUGAGGAGGUGCCUAAGGAAGGAGGCCAGUCCCUGCAGGCCGAGACCCGGGCUUGGUUCCAGAAGACCCAGGCCCGUGGGCUCCUGCAGCGCGGGGCAGCCCCUCCUUGGUUCCAUGGCUUCAUCACUCGGAGAGAGGCCGAACGGCUGCUGGAGACCAAGCCGCAGGGGUGCUACCUGGUGCGGUUCAGCGAAAGCGCCGUGACCUUUGUGCUGACCUACAGGAAUUUCCCCAGCUUCUUCCUAUCCUGCCACAAGAGGAGGAAGCUAUGGAGGGGCAAGUCUGGGGGCAGUGGAGAUCAGGAGGUCAGUUUUGACGUGUACAGUUUGAAAUGGCCAUUCAAUGUCCACGUGGAGAUGGCAAAGCGACCUCCCCGCCCCCCUGUCUCCUUGCCAUCCUUGUGCCCUCUUCUUCACCCAGGGAACCCAGGACAGGCCGAAUUUCUGUGCCCCUCGCCCCAUCCUCCACCUGGACUGGUUUAUUUUGUCCUCCUGGAUCACCUGCCCGCCCCACCCACUGUCCCUGCUCAACCAAGUCCCUCAAGCCUCUUUUCCCUGCAGACUCCUGAGCCAGCAGGACUUUCCCUAAGGACUGAAGAAGCAGACGCUGCAAGCAAAAGCCAGGACUCACACCCCCAGUAUAGCCCAGUCCUCAAAAAGGAGAAGCCCAGAGCCCUCACGCAGAAAGAGGGGGGCAGCGAGCCAAAGGAGCCCUCCCAGCCGCCUAGACCCAAGCCUCCUGUCCCCGCCAAACCUCUGCUGUCCUCCGAAGCCUACACAAGCCCAGCGCCAAGACUUUGCCGGACCCUGCCCGCCAAGCCCUCCAACCCCAUCUACCACGAGCCAGAUGAACCCAUAGCCUUCUAUGCUAUGGGCCGGGGCAGCCCUGGGGAAGCCCCCAGCAACAUUUACGCCGAGGUGGAGGUGGAGAUGGAGGUGCCAUCAGGGGGUGAGGGCCCAUCGUGCAUCCUCUGGCACCCAGUCCUCCGGAAGUGCCGGUCCAGGCCUCUCCCAGGAAGACAGAAUCCAGGUGGCCAGCAACUGCAUUCCGAGAACUCUGUGGCUGGACAAGGCCCUCCCGUGCCCCGCCAGCCCCUGCCUCUCUGGGGACACAGCCUCCCUCACAACCUAGACAAGUUCCAGGACAGAGGAAAGACGUGGCCCUCCCUAGGGCCUCCUCAGGAGCCAGUGUCUGAGCGGAGGGAGGCUAACCUGGAACAGCAGGUCCAGAGAACUUCACACACACCCAGGUGCCCUCCUAAGGAAAUGUGGAUGGAACAAGGUGAUCGAUCCAAGCGGGAAAGGACCUCAGCUGUCACCUAUUGCAAAGACGGCAAAAAUGUGUCACCUUGUAUCCCAACUCCAGUCCAUUGGUCCUUGCUGCCUAAGGCUCUAAGGCGCUGCCUUGGAAAGGAUGUUAAGGUCAUAUCUGAACUCAGCAGAACAGAGCACCGUGAUUGAUUAGUGAUGUCUGCUAUGGGUGAGGGAAGGAAGAGGAGCAGCAUUUUUUUUUUCCCUUAUUGAUCAAGUCCAACUCCCUUGCUGUGCAGAUAAGGAAACAAAGCCAGUGGGAUGACUUGGCUGAGGUCAAGGACUAGGACCCAGGCCUCCUAAGCCCCUCGUUUAGUGCUGUGUUCCUGACCCCACCUCCACUGUCUUCACAGGAAAUGUCAGAACUUUCCUAAGGCAGGAAGUCUGGUGGCUUUCCUGGGUUCCACCGCAUUGGGUCCCGGGUGCUGGUUCCCUUCCUCCAGAUCCCAGCAUAGCCCUGUUAUCCUGACAGGUCUGGGCCUCCCACACAGAAGCCCGGAGGUCAGAGGAGCAAAUGUGGAACCCACUUCCUUUUAGGGACACACUCACCGCUCCCUCCCAGAGUCCUCAGUAUUUGGUGCUCCUCUGAGGAUGUGGGCUGGGAGGGCCUGCUGCCUCCCACUGCCCCGGCCUCUCCGCACGGAGUCUGAUUUCCUUGGUCCUCUGAGCCUUUGGGUCUGGGCCCUGGUCCAAUGCUGCUGCUGUCUGGGGGUUGGUUUGGCGAGAACAGAUGUUAGAACUUGUUUGUUGAUUCUUGUCUGGCUAAUAAAUCAUCACCAACC